AUGGCUCCUGUGCUGAUAGCCAGGCCCCAAAAGGAAUCAGUGACAUUCAAGGAUGUGGCUGUGGAAUUCACCCAAGAGGAGUGGCUACAGUUGAGCUCAUCUCAGAAAAAGCUGUACAGAGAUGUGAUGCUGGAGAAUUAUAGCAACUUGGUGUCCUUGGGAUUUGCAGUUUCCAAACCAGAUGUGAUCUGCCAUUUAGAAAGAAUGGAAGCAUCUUGGAUGCCAGAGCAUCUUGCUGUGCAUCAGAAAAUUCACAUGGGAGGGAAGCUUUAUGAAUGUAAUGAAUGUGGGAAGGCCUUCAGAGACAAAAGAAACCUUAGAAGGCAUUAUAGAAUUCAUACUGGAGAGAAACCUUAUGAAUGUAGUGAAUGUGGGAAGGCCUUCAGAUAUAAGACUGGACUUAUAGUGCAUCACAGAAUUCAUACUGGAAAGAAACCUUAUGAAUGUAGUGAAUGUGGGAAGACCUUCAGGUUUAAGACAGAACUCACAGUGCAUCAGAGAAUUCAUACUGGAGAGAAGCCUUAUCAAUGUAGUGAAUGUGGGAAAUCCUUCAGGGGUAAGACAGAACUUACAGUGCAUCACAGAAUUCAUAGUGGAGAGAAACCUUAUGAAUGUAGUGAAUGUGGGAAGGCCUUCAGGGGUAAGACACACCUUACAAUGCAUCACAGAAUUCAUACUGGAGAGAAAACUUAUGAAUGUAGUGAAUGUGGGAAGGCCUUCAGAUAUAAGACUGGACUUACAGUGCAUCACAGAAUUCACACUGGAGAGAAACCUUAUGAAUGUAGUGAAUGUGGGAAGACCUUUAGAUAUAAGAUUCAACUUACAUCGCAUCACAGCAUUCAUUCUGGAGAGAAAGCUUAUAAAUGCAGUGUAUGUGGGAAGGCCUGCAGGGAUAAGACUCGACUUACAGAGCAUUACAGAACUCAUACUGGAGAGAAACGUUAUCAACGUGGUGAAUGUGGGAAGGCCUUCAGGAUUAAGACAAACCUUACUCUACAUCAGAGAAUUCAUUCAGGAAAGAAACCUUAA